AUGUCUGAUAGAUUAACACAAUUACAAAUAUGUUUAGAUCAAUUGAUACAGCAGUUUAAUGCUACUAUAAAUUAUGUGAAUACCAACUCAGAACCAAGUUUACUAGAUGAAGAUGAUCCAAAUUCAUAUUCAAAUAUAGCUGCUAAUGCACCAGUACCACAAGCUCAACAACAACAACAACAGCAGCAGCAACAACAACAGCAACAUCAACAGCAACAGCAACAGCAACAGCAAAGUCAACAACAGUCACCUACGGGACAAGCUCAACAAUCACAAGGACAAAGUAAUUCCGGAGGAUCUAAAAAUACCACACCAAUACAAGAAGAAGCUAAUUUUGACAAUACUGUAAAUGAAUUAUCUACUGAUUUAAUAUUGAAAAGUCGACAAAUUAAUAUGUUGAUUGAUUCAUUACCAGGGAUAGGGGUUAGUCCUGAGGAUCAAUUAAGUAUGAUUUAUGAAUUAAGUGGAGAUUUAAAAAAUAUCGAAGAGGAAAGAAUUGCAAAAAUUAAAGAAAAAGAUGCAUUGCUUAAAGUUUUAGAAAAAUUAAUUGCUGAUGUUGCUACAGGAAUAUCUGAAACUAGAAUGUAA